AUGACUACUAUUAGACCAUUUACGUGUGAAGACAUGCUGAAAUUCAACAAUGUAAAUUUGGACCCUCUUACUGAAACUUAUGGGCUAUCGUUUUAUACUCAAUAUUUAGCUCAUUGGCCAGAAUAUUUUCAAGUUGUCGAGUCUCCGAGUGGAGAAAUAAUGGGAUACAUUAUGGGAAAAGCAGAGGGUCACGGCGAGAACUGGCAUGGUCAUGUUACUGCAUUGACUGUAGGCCCUGAAUACAGGAGGUUGGGCCUUGCAGCUACUUUGAUGAACAUUUUGGAAGAUGUGUCAGAGAAGAAAAAAGCCUAUUUUGUGGACCUCUUUGUUAGAGUAAGCAAUAAAGUUGCAAUUAAUAUGUACAAGAACUUAGGCUACAUAGUGUAUAGGACAGUAUUAGAAUAUUACUCUGGAGAUCCAGAUGAAGAUGCUUAUGAUAUGAGAAAAGCAUGUUCAAGAGAUGUUAAUAAAAAGUCUGUAAUACCACUGACACAUCCAGUUCGCCCAGAAGAUGUUGAUUAG